GGCACAGUGGUGAAAAAGAUGGCGGCCACUUUGGGACCCUCGGGGUGGUGGUACCGGUGGCGGCGGCAUCUGUCGGCUCCGGAUGGGUCCAGGAUGUUGCUGCUGCUGCUUUUGUUGGGGUCUGGGCAAGGGCCCCGAAAAGUCGGGGCGGGUCAGACGUUCGAGUACUUGAAACGGGAGCACUCGCUGUCGAAGCCUUACCAGGGUGUGGGCACUGGAAGUUCCUCAUUGUGGAAUCUGAUGGGCAACGCCAUGGUGAUGACCCAAUAUAUCCGCCUUACCCCAGAUAUGCAAAGUAAACAGGGUGCCCUAUGGAACCGGGUGCCAUGUUUUCUGAGAGACUGGGAGUUGCAGGUGCACUUCAAAAUCCAUGGACAAGGAAAGAAGAAUCUGCAUGGGGAUGGCUUGGCAAUCUGGUACACAAAGGAUCGGAUGCAGCCAGGGCCUGUGUUUGGAAACAUGGACAAAUUUGUGGGGCUGGGAGUAUUUGUAGACACCUACCCCAAUGAGGAGAAGCAGCAAGAGGCCCAGAAGAGGCGAUAUUCUCCAGGAGUCCAGCGGGUGUUCCCCUACAUCUCAGCCAUGGUGAACAAUGGCUCCCUCAGCUACGAUCAUGAGCGGGAUGGGAGGCCAACAGAGCUGGGGGGCUGUACAGCCAUUGUCCGAAAUCUCCAUUAUGACACCUUCCUUGUGAUUCGCUAUGUCAAGAGGCAUUUGACGAUAAUGAUGGACAUUGAUGGCAAGCACGAGUGGAGGGACUGCAUUGAGGUGCCAGGGGUCCGCCUGCCCCGGGGCUACUACUUCGGCACCUCCUCCAUCACGGGGGAUCUCUCAGACAACCAUGACAUUGUUUCCCUGAAGCUAUUUGAACUGACAGUGGAGAGAACCCCAGAAGAGGAGAAGCUGCAUCGAGACGUGUUCUUGCCCUCGGUGGACAACAUGAAGCUGCCUGAGAUGACAGCACCUCUGCCGCCCCUGAGUGGCCUCGCCCUCUUCCUCAUCGUCUUCUUCUCUCUGGUGUUUUCCGUAUUUGCCAUUGUCAUUGGGAUCAUACUCUAUAACAAGUGGCAGGAACAGAGCCGAAAGCGUUUCUACUGAGCCCUUCUGUGGCACCAGCCCUGUGGUUGUCACCGUAAGGCAUGGGAAGAGCAGGCGCUGUCCUGAGCACACAGCCCAGCAGUCUUCUCCAGUGUUUGGCAGCUGGUCAGGGACUCUGUUCUGUCACUGGAACUUUAAAUGCAGGGACACUGUAUUCCCAUGGUCAUCCUUGGGGACCUCUGACUUUGGUUCAGGAAGCCCACCUACCCCAGGGCAAUGCUGCUGUGAUGUGCCUUUCCCUGCAGUCUGUCCACUGGGAACACAGAGUAUCUGCUGUUAAUGAUGCCAGGAACACAGAAAAGAACUUCACUGCCCAGGCUGCCUUUGUGUGGGACUCAGGACCCUUGUCCUUCUCAUUUAAAUCUGCAAAGAAUGGAAAACUGAUAACUCCUCAUACCUUCCCAACAGUCAUUGAUUUUUGCUUUUUGUCUGAGCCUCUGUUCACCUGAGGAACUCUCCUUGGAAAUCUGGAUGGAAACUUCUUCCCUCACUUUGCCUUCCUCUCCCUCCUCUUAUUGUCCUCUCCAAAUGCAGCCUGAGCUCAAAACAGACAUUUGAUGCCUCUCUCUUGGGGCCUGGGGCUGCAGAACAAACAUAUUUCACUGACCCUCAUUAGGUGUCCACAGGGAGAGGGCUUUCUGCUUUGGCUCGCUGCUCUAGACUUUGUUUGUCCACGUGGAUCCUGGUUCUGUGAGUGUGUUUGUGACUUUCCCAAUUAGGUACCAUUAGGCCCUUAGUCAUGUUUGGCUGGAAAUUGGUAUACAAGUCAAGAGAAUAUUGGAAGAUCUCAUGGAUGAAAUGGGAUUAACUGUGACACUAACCUGCUCCAGGUUUUGACACCAAAACCAACCUUUGCCGUGUGAUCUGACCACGUGGAAAUGCUUCUGGACCAUCUGGAGCUUUCUUAACUGCAUGUUUUGUAUCUGUCAUGAUCUUCAGAAUCCUACUUUGAAGCUUUCUUCAUAUAUCUGCGGCCUGGAUACUCUCCAGGAGAAGAUCUGGUUUCUUUUUCUUAAUGGAUAAAAAACAGUUGCUCUUCUCAUGUUGCAAAUCUGCAGUCAAUAGGCCCUCAUCAUCUGUGCCUGGAAGCGUCCGUUGUCAUGGAGCAACAGUCUGAGUGCGUCCUCCAGGGGUCAGCCCUUAUUCUACUGCCUUAUUUGACAAGGGGUCACACACCAUACUGCUCACCUGUCUGCCUGUGAUGAAAUCCACUAAUAGGGGACCCGGAACUUCUAUAGCCUAAGGAAAAUUCGUAAAAUGGCUGAUGGACACUAAACACUAGCUUCUGACUCAGUGCUCUUCCUUCUAGGGGUGGGUUUGGAGGAGGGUCUAGGCCUUCUUCCUGAGCCCAUAAGUCCUUGCUCUGCCUUCUCCCCUGUUGGGAAAUCCUCAGCUCAACCCAGAAGGAAAGGAAGGUCACCUUACCUGGGUAUGGGUUUCUGUCCUCUUGGGCUUUUUUAUACCCUUCCCAGGUGCUUAAUUAAACAUCGUGGGCGAUAAUACUCUCCUGAAGGUGGGAUUGAGGUGGGAUCCCCCCAACACCUUCCCCACAACAGCAGAGCACCUCCAGAGUGCCAGAGGACAAACAGACCUAGAGCCUCGCCUUAUGAUCGAGUAGAACUGAAAAAGCAAAUGGUCCUUUUGUCGUCUUUGAGUUCAGGGGGAGAUUGGAUAGACCUCUGUGAUGAGAGGACCUAGGUGGGCUCUUGAGAAGACCUAAGCAGUGGUGGAAGAGGAGCGGGGGGUCUUCUUGUGGGGGAGGCAUGUUAGUGAGAGAGCUCAAACUUGUCGGUUUUGUGUGAUUUCAGCUCAUGAGUGCCUUGAGGCUUUUUAAAGAAGGCAGAGAAGAUGUGAAAUGCAGUCCCCACCUAGCCUAGGGCUGCCUGAAAGAUGCGUGGUACAGGAAGCCGUCUGACCAUUACAUGGUGUGUCCUGUCUGCCCAUACAUGGUGUUCUUUGUUACAAAGCUUGUUUAUUUUAGUGGAAAAUUACAGCUUUGCCUUUCUUGCUGGAAGUGGUUUCUGAACAGAACAGCCAGAAUAUCCCCAGCCCCUUGCUGCCCUAGAAGAUAGAAACAAGGAAUUCUCAGGAAGCUCCAGGGUAAGGCUGACAAUGGGCAAAGGAAAGCCAGGCAAACAUGGGCAAAUUAGCCUCGUGGGGCUGGAAGUUCUGGAAAAAUAUCUUGCAGGUGAUUCAUGGGUCCCUGCAGGAGUUUCGGCUGAUGGCCUGUUGUAGGCUCUAGGUUAGGAUGCUUGGUGGUGGGGAUGGAAGAGCUGUCAUUGCUGGUGUUCAGUGAAUUGAUGGUAUUGGUGAAUAGUUUUACGGGCACAUUCAGCCGAAGUUCAGGCUUGAUCCAGCUCAUGGCCAAAUAGUUCUAGAGAGAACAGGCAACAGACAGAGCUAGCAACCAGAAGGCUUUCUCUCUCCAGAGGCAGCCCAUGAGCAAAAAGAGUGCCUUUGUCCCUCUCCCCGUGGUCAUCACUCACCGGAGUUGAGUAUAUGAAGCUGAACAGCAUAAGCCCAACAAUCAAUAUGAUUGAGCCAACUAUGAUUUUGAAGCGAUAACGUUUCCAGAAAACAUGGCAGAAGUUUCUAAUAGGUGACUGAAACCACGUGAACAAGGUGUUGGUGCGCCUGUCCAUGAGCAGAGUUGAUAUCAGAGAAUGGAAGGCAGAGAGGGCCUUUGGGUCAACUUUUCCAGGGCAAAGACCUUUCUUUUUUAAAAGCAGCUUCUGCCCCAUCCUCCACCUCCCAAUGGCUGUUCUUUCCUGAUUGUCACUGAGCAUUGAGCUGGGGUGGUGGGAAGUAAUUACCCCUCCAUUUGUAGGCCCACCAAGCACCACCCCGGACAAAUUUCCAGGCCUAGCAUCUCAGCUUUAUGAAUAAGGAAGAAAGAUUUGGUACUUCUGUCCCACAGGACCCUUACAGUGGAGGGUGAAGUGUAGGGUAUUGGUUAGGUUCUGACUGGCCUCGCCCUGCUGGCCUGAUUAAAGCUUCCUUUUCUGACAGAAUCUCCAGCGUCAUCUUCACUUUACCCUAGAAACACCGCAAAGGGUAAGAGGCCGAGUUAUGAUAGCAGGAGCCUCCUCCCAGGAUCCACAAAGGAAAGGGGAUUUAACUAAGGCCCCCAGGGAUCAAUUAGAGCCAAGUGAUGGGGCAGAGCAGUCUUGUGCAGUAGACACCUUCCCCAGCUCCUACCGACAAGCGCCAUCUGCCAUCCUCAAGGACCUGGCAAGGCCACCAGCCGGUUACAGUCUUCUUCUGAAAGAGGGAGAAGUGCUUGUGCUGGAGGAAGUGGGGCCACUUGGAGUCAGCGUCCAUCAUCCUGAUGGAGCACAGCUUUGCGUGUUGGGCUGGGAGGGGCAUGUCAGACAGAUCCAGCUCCAGGACCCCUGAGCACAGAAAAAUGCUGUCAGCAAGAAGGAGCUCCCUGUCCUGAGGUCAUAGGCCCUAUGCUAGAAUCUCACCUAGGAAAUCAUCACUGGAGAAGAUGUUAUUGUCCCAGAUCUGGAUGAUGAGCCGGGCUGGAAACUUCAUCUCUGUGGGGUCCAGGCUCCACAUGUAGUCCUGAGGGGUGGCAGAAGAGCGUGUUACUGCUGCUGUCCUUUGAGAGUCCCUGUGGCCAUCUUAAGAGCCCAUUAUCCAGUAUAAUGGCCGUCAAGGAAGGGAGUUUCUGCUUUAGGCCUCAUUCCAAGCGUUUUGGUGUAGCUUGCAAGUCUCCAAAGGGAGGAGCAGGAAGAGAAAGCCACCUCCAGGCCCUUUACCUUCUGGCUCAGGACGCACACUUCUUCAGCUGCCAGGUAGUCCAAGGUGAAGACGAAUCUCCAAUUAAAGAUGCCCUCCCCAGUGAGGGAGUGGUAGUGGAUAUCUGUCUUCUGCAUGUCAUUCUCUAGCCCGAAUAGCCACCUGGGGUCAGAGUCCUCUUACCUGGGGUUCAUGUGCACUGUCCCCAUCCCUGAGCUGGAGCCCUAUGGGAAGGGUUGACCAGCAGACGCCAGGUGCAGUGGAUGUGGAGAGAUGUUACCCCAGGCUGAGGAAGAUAUGCAGGAAAGCUAGAACUGGGGAUUCUUGGGGGGCUGUGCUAGAACCCUGCUCCUCUGCCUCACCCUUUGACGAAGAUGUCGCUCAUCUUCUCGUUACUUAAACUGACACUCUUCAGGUCCACGUGGGCAGUUUUCCAGAUAAUGCAGCGCAGCUCAUACCUGCGGUCACAGCUCUCUGAGGCUUUGCUGAGGACUUGCUCCCCAGGCACAGCCUUGGUAAGGGAGAGAGGCCUGGGUAGUUGCCCUCCAUGCUCACACUCGUGCUGCACUGGUGGGACUUGGGAAGGAAGCCCCGUAGAUUCUCAGCAGACGAAAGCAUGCCUAUUGCUCCUUUAUUGAGAGCACUGGUGCCCCAACCCUGGGAAGGCUGCCUUGGGAAGUACAGAGAUUUGAGAAGUGCACCCAUGCUCACCUGUUAGGCUUCCUUGGCCUGAUGUUGACUGGGGGGCCAGGAGGCCCCAGUUUCUUGGGAAAGAUGUCCACCCACAUUUGCACCUUGCCCUAAAGCAGAGAUGGGUUAGCUGGCUGGGGUUUGCUAGUCACUGCCCUCGGUGUGCUGGCCUGCGGAGCCCUGUUCCAGGUGCAUAGGUCUGCCGAGGUCAUGCUCCCAGCACUGAGAGGUGGGGUACAGUAUCUGAAGUGGAAUGGCUUCAGACAGGGAGAACAGUGCAGUCAGGCUGGUAGUAUAUGAUGGCUUUGAGGCUGAUGAUCAUGAGGCCUGAUUGUCACUUGUGACUGAGGUCUGGAGGGUCAAUGCCAUUUAGUAGGUGAUGCUAGCAGCUCCUGGAAGGCUCCAGGAUAGGGUUGGGGUUUCAUUUAUUAACCAGUAAUCUAGAUGGCCAGUUGAGAUCUCCUGAUUGUUUUAGGCUGUGUAACCACGUCCCAAGGAUAUGAAGCUAUCCACAAAGUACAGAGGUCAAAGGGAAGGGUGAAACCGGUGAGAAAAAGGAAAAGGGAGGAACUGCCUACAUUGGAAGGAAGAUAAAUACAUUCUUUCAAACUAUCUGACCUAAUUUUUAUUUUUUGAAGUUGACUUAAUUCUUUUAAGAAUAGUUUUAAUGAGAAAGUGUGGGGUUUUUUUUUAAAUGCUCAGCUAAAAACUUUGUCUAGAAUGUGGUAUCAGCUUGAGAGAUGUGAAGGAUGAAGUGGGCCAUUCUGGUGUCUACAGGGUAGAUGAUAAUAGAGGCCUGUGGGGUUUUUAGUUCUCUGUUCUGGGUUCCUGCAAUUAACAGCCAAAACAGAUGUGCUAUGUCUGUACACUGGCCCUGGUGCUGCUGCCCUGCCAUCCAUUAGAAGAGACUGAGACAGUGUUGGCCUUGGCUUCUAGGGCACCUCAGCCUGUCCUAUAGUAGACACAUGGCCUGGUUUCCUGUACACGACUUCCAGUUCUGAAUCUCUCUGUUCUAAGUGGCAUCACUGGAACUUCCUGCUCAUUGACAUGCACAGUGUGCAUGUCUUCUGUCUGUUUGCAUCUGUGAAUGCUCGGACUUUC